UUCAUUCACCCCAAGUUCUUGGUUUUUUUACUGUUGAUAUCGAAUUAUGUUAUUUAAUUAUUUUUAUUAAAAAUGUGGCGCAAUUUUAUUAAUGCUUUUGAAAAAACAUUAGUUUUCGUGCCGAAACGUUCAUGGCCUGCAAGUGCUGGUUGGAAAGCCCAUCGACAAUUAACGCACCAAUCAAAUCCAUUUCGCUUCUUCAACGCUUCGUGCAUAGUUCAAAAUGAGGUGGAGAGGAUUGCUCCUGUGGCUGGAACCGCUGAAGCCGAUGGCGAAUAUAUUGUUCCUUACAAGACGGAAUUUGAGAAAUCGCAUUCGUUACAAGUUCUUACGGAUGCUUUACAUGCACGAUUUCGUUUAAGCGAAGAAGAUUUAGUGGCCAUUUUGAAUGAUGCUUUGGUAAUCAAGAACAUGCGAAAAAAAUCGUUGAUAUUAUCCAUGGAUCAUUUAAUUUCCGAAGGUGUUGAAAAGCACAAUUUUAUAGAAUAUCCUUGGAUCAUGACUUUGUACAAGGGCAGUCUUAUCGAAAAAAUAGAGAUUUUGAAGUCUUUGCGAGGAUUUCAAAACAUUAAUGAUUAUAUUCCUUUCUUGCGUAUAAAGUAUCCACGUUUACGCAAAUUGGUGGGAUGUCUUAAUAAAGAGGCCGAUUUCAUUGAAUAUGGUAAUCGGGUUCAUUUUAUAUCAAAUAAACUGCAGGUUCCUAUUAGCACAGUGACCAAAUAUAUGGCCAAACGCCUUUUCGUAUUGGAAAUGCCAUUGGAUAUGUUUAGGUCAAAUUUGGAAACAAUGUUGAAAUACAAUGUGGAAUCCAAAAAUAUACUUAAAGAUCUAUGGGCUUUUCGCUAUGCCCCACGUUCGGUGGAAGCACGACUGAAGAGAGCCAUGUCGGCUAAAAAAGAUAAAAUAAUGCCUUGGAUGGUUAGAUGUCCCGAGUAUAUAUUACAAAAAUCCCUACAAAUCACCCUGGAUGAUCAGAAAAUAUUGGGUGACCGAACUAUAGCCGAAUAUAUAGGUGAGCGUUUGGGUUUCCCGCCAGAAGAGGCUCAAGCUAUAAUGAACCGACAUCCUCAGGUCAACAAUGUAAGGGUAACUAAAAUCAAAGAAGUCUUAGAUUAUCUUUUGGAUGAAGCAAAAUUUUCCCGCUAUGAAGUAGCUCAAGUGCCACGUAUUUUGUGUCAUAGCUUGGAAACCACCAAACAGCGUAUGCAAGAACUGAAGGAACAUGGCUGUCGACCCUCCACUUUAGUAAUAAUUUGCAGAAGUAAGAGAGAGUACAAUAAAUUUCUCAACUCCUGGAUAGAAAAUUACAAUCCAAAUAAAAAUGUGAAUGCUGCUGUAGAUUAUGCACAAGCAAAGGAGGAAAGAUGAAUAAAGCAACUAGAUUUGCCAAAAAUGUUGAAAAAACUUGUUGCGGAA